GCGGGGCCGCGGCGCUAAGAAAAGUCGGCGGGACCCGAGCGGCCCCGGCACAGCCUCACCAUGAGCUGCCGCAACACGACUGAGCUCCACAUCCUCGGCAGCUCGGACCAGCUGGUCCUGCAGCCGCUCUGGGACCAGCUGCGCGCCCGGGACGCGCUCACGCAGUCGCCCCUGUUCGCGGUCAUCUUUUCCAUCAGCACGUACGUGGGCUUCUGCCUGCCCUUCGUGGUGCUGGACGUCCUGUGCCCCUGGGUGCCCGCGCUGCGGCGCUACAAGAUCCACCCGGACUUCUCGCCGACGGCGCGGCAGAUGCUGCCCUGCCUGGGGCAGACGCUCUACCAGCACGCCGUGUUCGUGCUCCCCUUGACGCUGCUGUCCUGGGCCUGCGGCCCGGCCCCCUGGCCCCGCGAAGCCCCCGAGCUGCUGCAGCUGGCGCGCCACGUCCUGGGCUGCCUGCUCCUCUUCGACGCGGAGUUCUUCGCGUGGCACGUGCUCCAUCACAAGGUGCCCUGGCUCUACCGCACCUUCCACAAGAUGCACCACCGCAACUCGGCCUCGUUCGCCCUGGCCACGCAGUACAUGAGCGCCUGGGAGCUGUUCUCCUUGGGCUUCUUCGACGCGGUGAAUGUCACGCUGCUGCAGUGCCAUCCGCUCACCGUCCUGGUGUUCCACGUGCUCAACAUCUGGCUGUCGGUGGAGGACCACUCCGGCUACGACUUCCCCUGGUCCACGCACAGACUGGUGCCCUUCGGGUGGUACGGCGGCGUCACGCACCACGACCUGCACCACUCGCAGUUCAACUGCAACUUUGCCCCUUACUUCACGCACUGGGACAGAAUCCUGGGCACUCUUCGGUCCAAGUGACUCGCAGCCUCCCGGCCCGGGCUGGUAUACCCCGGGGCGGGGGACGCCCCCUUUCCCACGCCCCCCCCAACCCAGGACUGCCGCAGGGCACUUCAGCUUCAGUCAGGAGAAACACACCUGAGCUGUUGUGUCUUGUUUUGUUUUUGUAAGUAAUUGAUUACCUGCUGGAGAUUUAAAAUCGGAUGUAUUUUCACAGUCUGAUGAAGUGAUUUAUGUCGUUUCCGUGUAUUGACAGUUGUAUUCUUGGAGUCAGAUUCUAGCUCACUUCAAUAGCCUUGAUUCCUGGAUAUGUUAGACACUCAUCACUGGCAUAUUUAAAUCAUCUCAAAGAGGAUUUGACUGUCAGACAAGGAAGGUCUUAUGUUUGAAAGUGUCCUAGAAAUAGGCUAAAAUAACGUGUUCUUAUGGAGAAUGUGAUCUCUGACUCUAUUAGCGACAAAACAUGUUCCUGCUGGACAGUAA